AUGAGUCUUGAGGAGUUGUUACCAUCAAACCACGGCGAGUCACGUUUCUAUGCAAUCGCCAUUAGAAGCGCAUUAGUCAUCUCUACUCUGCUCGUUGGCCUUGCCAUUCCUUUCUUCGGCCUUGUCAUGUCAUUGAUUGGAUCAUUCUUGACAAUGCUCAUUACGUUGAUACUACCUCCCGCUUGUUUCUUGAGCAUCUUAAGGGCAAAAGUAACCCCUACACAGGUGACGAUCUGUAUCUUUAUCAUCGCGGUAGGAGCAAUAUGUUCAGCUAUUGGCACAUACUCAGCCCUUUCAAAGAUCAUUGAGAAGUUGAACACCUAA